AUGGUAAUUGAGCGGUUAAUGAAGAAAAUAAACGUGAAUCCUGUAUCGAAAAAAGUUCUUAAACCUACAGCAGUGUUAUCCUUGCCUAGAUAUCCUACACUGACGUUUGGUAUACCACUUAAAGAGAUUCUGGAACGUGAUAAAACUGAUAUUCCAAUUGUAGUGACUGAUAUCUUUAAUUUCCUGCUAAAUAAAGGCGGUCUACAGUCUGAAGGUAUAUUUCGUGUAAAUGGUAAUUCACGAACAGUGGAAGCCUUGCGUACACUUGUCGAUGAAAAUGGCACUUAUUGGCAUUUAAGUGAAUUUUCAACUAUCACUGGUGAUUCAGAUCGAACAGUUGAUGUUUUCUCCGUUGCUAGUCUUUUAAAGUUGUAUCUAAGGGAAUUACCAGGGGGAUUAAUUCCAGAAAGUAAAACGUCCUUGUUUUUGAAGGUUUAUUCAGAAUAUCGAUCGAAACGUGAAGCCUAUCUAACUCAAUUGGAGAAUUUAAUUAUUCAAUUACCUGUAUCCAAUUAUACACUCUUAAAGCAUUUAUGCCAAUUCCUUUAUCGUGUAUCCAUAUAUCAAGCUGAGAAUAAAAUGUCAUUUGAAUCAUUAGGUAUUGUAUUUGGACCGAAUGUAUUUCGAUUUACACCAGAAAAUAUAGGCUAUCGUGAACAGAAUUCAAUUAAUCAUAUCAUGAGUUUUCUAAUUGAACAAUCUAAUCAUUUAUUUCGUAUGAUUGCACCAAGUUGUGAAAAUGUGAUAACACCAUUAAGUGAUUUGUCAAAUGGUGCCGGUGGUGUUAAGGGUGGUGGUUAUUCGUCACAAAUCCCACGUGAUCCACUUAUAGCUGCUACAACAACUACCACUUCUACGACUGAUGCCAUUAUCAUUAAUGAUCAUGACGAUGAUGAGGAUGUUGAUGAUGGUGACAAAAAGUGCAAAGAAAGAUAUGAAAAUGAAACACCUGAUAAUAUGUCCGAAAUGAACUCUUACAAUGAUGAUAUCGAUGAUGAAGGCGAUGAAGAUGUUCGAACGGAAAGUUUUACCACCCAUUCAACUACUAUGGCUGGAACAACAAUAUAUCCAUCAAUGAAUCGAGUUACAAGUACUUAUUGUUCUGGUUCACAAGUUGGUGGUGGCGGUAUUAUGACUUCAACAACAGGGACAAAAACAACAGCACUACCAACAUCUGCAACAACAGCAGCAAUGACAUUAUCAAUAAAAGGAUUAAAUACACCAGAGGAUAUUCCCUUGAAAGCGAAAGCAUCUAACUGUGAUAUAAUUUCAUCUUAUCUUGAAAUGGCCAUUCGUUCGUGUAUUGAAGAGCAUUUAUUCCAUGAAAGAUUACCUGAAUGGAAAGUGUACAACACCACUGAAAAGUUAGACACGAUUAAUUAUCCAGUUGGCUUCAAUCAUACAUUAAAACAAAGUUGUGAUGAUAUUAUUACAUCGCAGAAAAUAAAUUUGACAGAUGAAGGCGAUUCACCGAGUUUUGAAUUUAAACACGCUAAAGUACUAUCAGGAAUUGACUUUGCCAAUGAAUCCAGUGAUCAAAUUCAUCAAAAGUUAACCCAGCAUUUAUAUAUACUAAAAUCACGUGUACGCGAAUUUGAAAAGCGAUUUGAACAAGAUUAUGGACGUAAACCAACCAAUCCGGAUAAAUAUUCUGAUCCAAGGAUUAAUGAUAUAAUGUGUCAAAUAUCUGAAGUUCAUGCAGCAAUGAAGUAUAUCAAGUCGUCAGAUAAAUCGUCUGAUCAAAUUACCAGUAAAAGUAAUCCAUCUGUGACAACUAAUAAUCCAACUGAAUGUACAGCUUACAAUGGAAUUACCAACACAAAGAUGACAUCUUCAGUGUAUUCUUUAAAUCAUUCUCCUAGUAAACAGUCAAUUUAUAAAACACAUGAUGAAGUAAAAGAUUACAUGAGAGAACUUCGUUCCCCAAGUGGUUAUAUCCCUUCUAAACCAUCAAUGGAAUUGAAUGCAGCAGCUGACAGUGGAAAUCCAGCAGCCGGUCAUAUAGAGUCGAAUACUUCUGGUAAACCAACUGUUGAAAGUACUUUCCUACUCCUUUCAAAUCGGUUAGCAGAGAAACGGGCUAUUGCAAAUCGUCCUGAAUCGCUUCAUCUUAUGAAUCCUAAACAAAUUGAAGCUGAAAAAUUAGCCUUACAGAAAGCGUUAUUAUACUUUGAAAAUCUUCAUGGUCGACCAAAAGAACGUGAAGAUCGUAUUACAAUGCGACCAUUGUAUGAUCGUUAUCGUAGUGUUAAACGUCUUCUAACCAGUAUACAAUCUAAUCAAAAUGUUAAUUUACCUGAGAAUACAGAAGAGAAUAGUGAUACCGACGGGUAUUUAUCGAUUCCAUCCAAUGAGGAUAUUAUUCGUCGAAAGUCAAUCCAAUCACCGGUUAUUCUAUCUAAUCAUGCCUUUGAUAGUAACAAUUAUCCAAUGAAAUCUAUUCAUCCUUCAACAACUGGUAUGUUCAUCAAUAAUAAUACUACAUCUUCAUUUAAAUCAAAUCCUGCUGUUUCUUCUUAUUCCACUAUACAAUCAUCAUCUAAUCGAUUAUACAAUUGUAAUACAUCCUCCUCAGUAUAUGAUAAUAAUUAUCAUUAUUCACGUGUUUCGCAUAUUCCAUCCUCUUCUAUUUCAUCAUUGUCAUUAAAAACAACAUCUAAUAUUCCUUCAUCUCAAAACAAUUUCAGUGACCACUACCAUCAUCAUCACCGUCAUCGUCAGCUAGAUGAUAUUGUUGUUGAUGAUGAUGAGGAUGGUGAUUUUGAAGUCACACAAAAACAGUCAAUUUCAUCAACAAUUAAAUCUGGUCAUAGGACAGAUGUAAACAGAUCAACAACAGCAACAACAACACCGGCAAGUCGUCUUGAUAGAUUAUCACAGAAUGCGAAUGAUUUCACCAUGAAAAGACAGAAUAGCAGUAAUGAGUGGUUUGGCACAAUUGGUUUAAGCAGACGAAAUCAAGCUAGUGGAGAUGAUGAUUAUUACACAACUACUGUUACUUCCAGUUCACAGAAUAAGCUUCCCAAUGAGAUGUAUCCACGAAUUCAACCGGAGAAUGGAUUUUCUUCAUCCGGAGGAGUGCCAGCAGCAUAUGGUGGUCCAACUAGACGCUCAAGUACUAAUACAAAUGAAUACUCUUCACCUAUUCAUAAUCAUUAUCAUCACCAUCAUCAUCAUCAUCAGGAAAAUUUCACCGGUUCCACACCAGCUGUAGUACCCUAUGAUUCCCCACCAUUAUCAUUAUCUUCAUUAUCGAAUCCACGAAUUAAUCAAGUCAACAGUAAUACUGAUUUAUUGAGACUGAAUAAUAGUAAUGUUUCUAUUGCUAAUGUGAGAAAUCGACGUCGUAUACUUACGAAUUCUGAUAAUGCCAUCAAUUCUAUGCCAAGUAGUACGACAGCAACAACAACAAUCGACAAAUAUGUUGAAUCAUCACAAACUAUGCCGUCAUCAGAUUUAUCCAGUUGGUCAACUAGUGAUUUAAAGGCAGCAUUACGGAAUCUACGUGAAUCAAAACGUCAAUUGCAGAAAACUUUAAAAGAUUUUGAACAUGAAUUCACUCAAACUACUGGUCAAAAGGUAGAACGUGCUGAUCGAUUACGUAUGCGUCCACAAUACUGUCAGUAUAAAGCGUUAAAAACACGUCUACUUCAGUUGGAAACUGAACUAAAAGGUCGAUGUGCCUAA